AGUGUCUCGUGUAGCAGGAGAAAACAACUUGACAGUCGCUGAGAAGAGCAGCGGCGGAGGACGAGCUAACCAUGGCGCUCAAGGGAGUCCGCAAGUCUAACAAGAACCCACCCAUUUUCAGCCACGAAUUCAUCAUUCAGAACCAUGCAGACAUCGUGUCGUGCGUGGCGAUGGUGUUUGUGCUGGGGUUGAUGUUCCAGGCUACAGCACCUCUGGCAUCAGUGUUCAUUGCAGUGCAGCACAAUGCAUCAGAUAUGGAAACUGCCGAAGCUCCCAUGACUUACACCUAUGGCACUAGGGAUACAGCAGCAGUGUUUUUUUACUGCCUCAUAUCCAUAGUAAUGCAUGCUAUCAUACAGGAGUAUGUUCUUGAUAAAGUUAAUCGUAAAUUGCACCUGAGCAAGACUAAGCACAGCAAGUUUAAUGAAUCUGGGCAACUCCUAAUUUUUACUGCUGUAUCUGCUGCUUGGGGCAUUAAUAUCCUCGUUAAGGAUAACCUAAUGGUGGACAUAACUUCACUGUGGGCAGACUAUCCCGACGGUCAUGCGCAGAUGUCUUUCAUGCUGAAAUUCUUCUUCAUAAUACAGAUGUCUUAUUGGCUUCACUGUUACCCAGAGCUCUACUUCCAGAAGACUAAACGUGAAGAAAUGCCAGCCAAGAUUCAGCAUGCCUCUCUCUAUUUGGUGUUUUGCAUGGCAGCCUACGUUUUAAACUUCAAUCGUGUGGCACUUGUAUUGCUGACUUUAAGAUUUGUGGAAGAGGGAAUCCUUCAUGUCUGCAGACUCCUUUACUUUGCUGAGAAAAAUGCAGCUGCAAAUACAGGUUUCCGUGUGUGGAAUGUAAUAUUUGUUGUCUGUCGACUGGCCAGCAUCAUAGUGGCAAUAUUAACUUUCCAUUAUGGUUUGGCAACAAAUGAUGAUCAGUCACUAGACACUAAAACUGGGAACUUCAACACACCAUUUAUCAGGUUAAAUGCCCUAGUAGCAGUGUGCUUGAUUCAGGCUUGGAUGAUGUGGAACUUCAUCCACUUUCAUCUUCGGAGAAUGAGGGAACGUCAGGCCGAGGCCCUUGCAGCACGCAAGAAGGCUGCCGAGCGAAAGACAAAGAAGGGAAGGAAAGAUGACUGACAUGUUGGUGUUUCAGCAAAACGUAGCUCGGAGGAGGAUGUGAGCGAGCUGCCAGAAGUGGACCAGCAGACACGCAGACGCAAAUGAAGACCAAGAAUGACAAUAGAAUAACGUUAAAUAAUUGGCCAAAACAACUUCGUUGUUACCAUGUCCAUAAAAUAAAUGGGAAAAAUUGGGACUUGCAUUAUACGAAUAGCCUACCACCAGAAUUUGGCUUUUUAUUGGAGAAAAAGUGUAGAUUUUUUACAUUUUGUUGGUCUUGUCAAGCUCUGGUGAUUUCCAAGACAGAAUACUUAUGAUCAUAACUAUUUCUGUUGAUGAAUUAAGCUCUUUGAAAAGAAUUUAAGAAAUUCUCUUUAGAUGUUUCACCAAAAAAAUAGCUUUUUGGAGAAAGAGGUUAUUGCUUGGCUCCAUUAACUGGUAACAUUUGUAAUAGAUUCGUGAUAAGAGGAUAAGUUGUUGUAAAGAUGAGAAUAUUAUUCAGGAAUAAGGUUUUGUUGAUAAGAAAGUUUACAUAUACUGUAUUUUUCAUGUGUCUAAGGGUUAUUGGCAGCAGCACUAAAGGUUGUGAGACUAAUAAAAAUCUCCCUCCAAUUUAUAGUUAUGUUUAUGAUGGACCUUCAUUAGCACAGUUCAUUUGGCAGUUUUUGCUGAAGUGAUCAGAAUUAGGCAUUGGCUGCUAUUUUAAUAUCAAGUUUUGGCACAGUCAAAUACUUUUAUCCUCAAAUUGGGCUGUACUUCAGCAUUCCAUACAUUAAAAUAGUUUAGAAUAAGUGUUUACUAAACUUGCAAAUGUUCACAAAUAACCUAGAGGAAGCAAUGUUUAUUAAACUUGCAAAUGUUCACAAAUAACCUAGAGGAAGCCAAGUGCACAAGGUUAUUUUUCUGGUCAUGCAAUGUCAGGUGCUUGUUCCAGUUCUUGUACACAGUGCAGAGUUUCCUUUAGAUAUCCCUUUAGCAUUGGGGAUACCUUAUUGUACAAGGCAUCAUUUGAGUAAAAGCUGCUGAUGAAAGAUAACUUUGAGGAAUGCUGAAAUAGCUGUUGCAGGUUUUAUCAGUAGCUUUUAUUUAUGAUUUCUUUCCACUUAGCAUGUCAUAGGACAUGAGGUGCACAAAACUACAUUCAAAUUAUAUAUAUAUAUAUAAAUUGAGUUAUGUACAGUACGAGGUAGGUAUUGUAUGCUAUUUCAGCAUUUUACGAAGGUCUUUUUAAGUUACAUAAUGUAUGUAAAAUUGUAAUAUAGUUCAAUUGGUAGUCAUUUCGGUUGAGACUUGUGUGUUAGAUAUUGGUGUUGCAACUUGCCUUGUCUCAUGGAGGUAUUUAUUGCUUGACUCACUUUAACCGCUUUUCUCAUGACACGAAGAGGGUCAUUGUUCUGUAUGACUUUAUCUUUUAUUUUUUGUUUAAAUCUAAAAGAAUGCCAUUAUAAGUAUGUAUUUGGAAGUAUAUACAAAUUGUGUAAUAGCAAUGAAAUGUUAAGUUCUGUUAGAACCAUUUAUAGGGUGCUGAUGGUUUUUCUCUAUAUGGAUGUUUGUAAGUGUAAACCUCCGCAGGAGAAUUAGACAUGUCCAUUAGUUAGUUGAUUAAUAAGUGACUAUCCCUUAAGAGUUUACAUUUUUUUGCACAUUAAAGGUUUGCCCAUUAUAUAAA